UCCCUCCCUUCCAUGUUGGUCCUCGCACCCCGUUCCCCGACACGACGAAACGCAGCCUGUUGAUUGAAGAGGUAGCAGUGUAAAAGGUGGCAGCCGUUGCAUCAGCACUGCUGGAGUAGACUAAGACUGGUGUGCAGACGUGGCGGUGCUGUGGGGGGAAAUUGAUUACGUAAGGCUCCACGUCCAUCACUUCCAUAUCACUCGACUUGCAUUCAACUCCUCUCCAUCCACCAUGAACCCCGACCCACUGGAACACGGCGUGCGCGCCGCAUCUCCUCCUCUGCCGUCUCCGCGGCCCGUGGAUCCCACCGACGGAAUGCGGCAGCGGCACUCGUUGCAUUCUGCCCGGGCAGACACGCUCCGCAUCCACAUCCAGACGCCUUAUGCCGACCUGGGACAGCACAGCCACGCGUGGGAUGCCCCACGCGGCAUGACUGUCGCCGAGGCCAAGGACGCUAUUGCCUCGGGACUGGCGGGGCACGGACGGUGGGAGCGCGAGGGCCUGCGCCUCGUGUGGCGCGGUCGAAUUCUACGCGACGACGAUGCCCUCGGGGCUGUGCUCACCGACGCGGCGCCGACGAUUCACCUCGUUGCGCGCCCUAUUGCAGCGUCCCUCCCUCAGCCACCAACCCGCAUCGCGCUGCCCGUUUCUGUGCCCCAGUUGCCGAGCUCGGCACCGGUUCAAACCGCCGCGUCAUCGACUUCGUCGUCCCCCGACGCAACCGCCCUUGCCGAAAGCGUGCACUAUCUGUUAUUCGCGGCCCGCGAGCACCUCUGCUCGCUCAUUGGCGCGCCUGUGCUUGCUUGGGACAAGACAUACCCCGCCCCCACUGUGUCGCGCGACAUCGCAAAGGCGGCGGUCAUUUCCGUCAUCCGCCCACAUGCCGAGUCUGGCGGUUGGGUUGGUUGGGAGGCCGCAUUUGCCGCCGAUGCUAGUGACUGGUCCGCGCUCGAACACCUCUGGAAGAUGCUCGGCCGGAGCAGCGUAACUGCAGAGAUCCGCACGCUGUGGAAGACCGGUACGGGGCGCGAGUUUGCCCCUUCAGGCGAGAUCGCCGACGUCGAGCUCGACCACUCGACCUACUCUCUUCACCUCCCACCACUCGCCGACAUGGCGCCCUCACAGCUGAUACAGCUCCUGCAAUAUCUACGAGUCACCACGCUCCUUCCUCACCUCAACGCCGCUCUUUACACCACUCAGGCGCCUGAGCCUGCCCAUUCUUCUGCACCGGCGCCGGCUCUGACCCUUCCACGUGGGAUCACAGUGCGCCGUGCGCGCCGCUCCGUUACGCUCCGCAUCCCACGCAUCUCGUUUUCGCUCGUUCAGCACCAGUUUUGGUCAGCCGCGCGCCUUGCGACCAUCGUCUGGAUGCUCACUCGGAGCAUGGAUUGGUGGGAUCAGCGGCUGUGGCUGCUUGCCGGUGCGGCCUUCGGCUGGUGGUGUGUCGACGGGUACAACCAGUGGUUUGCCGAAACGCGCGAGGAGCGCGCCACUGCGCGCCGAGCUCAGCGCCGCGCCGAGGCGCAGGCCCGCCUCGCGGAUCCUGAUGCGAAUCGCGCGCGCUUGGCGGCAGUGGCGCGUGGCGAGCGUGAGGAGAACCCCCUUGACCCCGCCCUCAUGGCCGCGAAUGAUGUCGACGACGUCCCGCUAGCCGGCACGACCGUGCAGCAGCUCAACGCGGCCCUCCCGCUUCUCCACAUGGAUGUGGACGCUGCCCAGCUCCGUCUCCCCGAGACGCAGGGUGGCCGGCUGCGCCGCACGCCCGACUCCCACCCCUCUUUCCUUGUCACGCACGUCCUCCUGCCAGUGUAUCUCUGGUUCUUGACGCUCGUGCCGGCAUUAGAGGCGCGGCGCGCGCGCGAAAUCCGCGCCCGCGAGCGCACGAUGCGUGCCGUCGUCGCGGACAUGAACCCGCCGCAGGAAGGCACUGAGUCGCCGCGACCCCUCAUGCUGCCGGACGGCAUCUCGCGCGCCGCGCGCAAGUACUAUGCGCGUGUGGCGGAGCGGCCCGAAGGCAUCGACUGGGACGAGGAGCGCGAAGCGCAACGCGCUAUGGGUAUCCCGGACGAGGACGCCCAGCCCGCCAACGCUCUGUUGUAGACUCUAGAGUUGUAACGUGUAGAGAUAGGGACGUGGAUCUUUGUGCGACGCGUGCCAACGCAGUUUGUUAGAUAUGAGCGAAGAUGCAUGCGGAUGUUCUGG